CGGCGAGCGAGGCACUCGAAACUGCUCAGGGUGGGAAACGCCGCGCAAGCAGCCGCAUGACCCGACCAAGCAAUUGUGACGAGCAACCGACGGGCCAUUACGAACCGAAUGAGACUCCUCGCGAAGAAGAUGAGCCGAAUGGACACGAUGCUGAGGCUGGCGUGUACAAUGCCAGUGCUGUCCCUCCAACGGCGCCCAUCAUGGUCCCGAGGCACUCCUCCCCGCCCAAGACCAGGGCGAAAGUGCUGCCCCAGUUCAAGUUCGUCCUGUCCAUGAUCGCCAUCAACGCGAUCAUCUUCGUCGCUGAAAUUGGCGAGAACGGGUGGGCUUUCGAGGACAUGAAGGUGAAUCCUCUGCUGGGGCCGAAUGGAGAAGUUCUACUGAAAAUGGGCGCCCAACGCUCCAAUUUGAUCUUUGCCGGCGACUGGUGGCGCUUGUUCACUGCCAUGUUUCUCCACGGCGGGCUGCUCCAUCUUUUGUUCAACAUGCUCGCGUUGUACCAGCUCGGCGUUGAGCUCGAGACCACGUUUGACCGGCGCCGUGUGAUCGCCAUUUACUUUGUGUCGGGCCUCGUUGGGGCGACUUGCUCGGCGGUGUUUGCCCCUGACAUGGUGGGUGUCGGGGCGUCAGGGGCGAUCUUUGGCCUCUUUGGCGCAACGUUUGCCGAAUUCUUGUUGAACUGGGACCUGUACACGAAUCGGUUCUGGCACAUGGUCAAGUUGAUCGUCGUGGGAAUGAUCAACCUCGGGAUUGGUCUGUUGCCAUUUGUCAACAACUUUGCCCACCUUUCAGGGUUCCUCAGUGGGUUGGGCAUGGGAUUCGCCAUGCUGAGCCUGCCCACCACCCGCCACCAUCGCUUGUUGAACACUCGGACACCGAAGCAGCGGGUUUUGGGCAAGAUCGGCGGCUCUUUCACCGUUGGUUUUGCACUACUUUUCAUCGUCUUGCUGUCGACUGAGUCGAAUGCGAGCAAAGCGUGCUCGUGGUGCAAGUACUUGGAUUGCGUGCCUGCUCCAUGGUGGAGCUGCGACCCGCCCGUACAAGGGGAGUGCCUUGGCAAGCAAUUCGACAACGGCACACUCGUGAUCACGUGCCCUGGGGGACAGAACAUCACGGCCCCCGCGGGCAGCCCAUUUUCAGCUGCAGUCUGCGUUGCAGUAUGCUCGUAACUUAAUGGCAUGUGUGGAUCGCUCGCAA